GACAAACGUCGUCGGUAAAGAGAGAGGGGGGGAUUUCGAGGACCAGAUUUGAAAUAUGCGAUUAUGACCGGGUUUGCGUUUAUAACCCUGACGACAGCGAUCCGUUUCGGUCGCUUUGGGGUUUUUUAGCUGACUGAAGUGUAUGAGGAGUGACGGAGAAAAGCGUUUUACCUUCACAAGGUAGCGAAGGGAGAGAAAGUAGAAAGGGGGUGGGAGGGAGGCUGUUACUGGAUAUUUGGAGAAGGAAAACAACAUGGCCGCUGUGGAGCUGGAGUGGAUCCCUGAGACCCUGUACAACACCGCUAUAUCAGCCGUAGUGGAUAAUUACACUCGGUCGCGACGGGACAUACGCUCACUUCCUGAAAAUAUCCAGUUUGACGUCUACUACAAGCUUUACCAGCAAGGCCGGCUUUGCCAGCUGGGAGGGGAGUUCUGUGAGCUUGAGGUCUUUGCCAAAGUCCUCCGAGCCUCUGACAAAAGGCACCUCCUACACCACUGUUUCCAGGCACUAAUGGACCACGGCGUGAAAGUGGCUUCAAUCCUGGCCAACUCCUUCAGCCGUAGAUGCUCGUACAUCGCCGAGUCAGACGCUCACGUUAAAGAGAAAGCCAUCCAAUUUGGCUUCGUUUUAGGUGGCUUUCUGUCAGACGCUGGUUGGUACGGGGACGCAGAGAAAGUCUUCCUGUCAUGUCUCCAGUUGUGUAUGUUGCAUGAUGAGAUUCUGCACUGGUAUCGUGCACUGGAGUGCUGUGUGAGGUUGCUUCACGUGCGCAAUGGCAACUGCAAAUAUCACCUGGGAGAGGAGACGUUCAAACUGGCCCAGUCAUACAUGGACAAGUUAGCCAAACAUGGUCACCAUGCCAACAAGGCUGCCCUUUACGGAGAACUGUGCGCUCUGCUGUUUGCCAAAAGCCACUAUGAUGAGGCAUACCGCUGGUGUAUAGAGGCCAUGAAGGAGAUCACUGUUGGCCUGCCAGUGAAGGUGGUGGUUGAUGUCCUGAGACAAGCCUCUAAGGCAUGUGUUGUUAAAAGGGAGUUCAGGAAAGCUGAGCAGCUGAUAAAGCAUGCGGUAUUUCUAGCACGGGAGCAUUUUGGACACAAGCACCCAAAGUACUCUGAUACGCUGCUGGAUUAUGGAUUUUAUCUGCUAAAUGUGGAUAACAUUUGCCAGUCUGUCGCCAUAUAUCAGACUGCCCUGGAUAUCCGGCAAUCUGUGUUUGGAGGGAAAAAUAUCCAUGUGGCCACGGCACACGAGGACCUAGCAUACUCCUCUUAUGUGCACCAGUACAGCUCUGGAAAAUUUGACAAUGCACUAUUUCAUGCAGAACGGGCCAUAGACAUCAUAACUCACAUUCUCCCUGAGGAUCAUUUACUACUCGCCUCCUCCAAGAGGGUGAAAGCACUGAUUCUGGAGGAAAUUGCCAUAGACUGCCAUAAUAAAGAAACAGAAGAGCGGCUUCUGCAGGAGGCCCACGACCUGCACCUCUCCUCUCUCCAGCUAGCAAAAAAAGCCUUUGGAGAGUUUAACGUCCAGACAGCGAAACAUUACGGCAACCUGGGCCGUCUCUACCAGUCUAUGCGCAAGUUCAAGGAGGCCGAGGAGAUGCACAUAAAGGCCAUCCAGAUCAAAGAGCAGUUACUGGGACAGGAGGACUAUGAGGUGGCUCUGUCUGUGGGACACCUGGCUUCCCUUUACAACUACGACAUGAACCAGUACGAUGACGCCGAACGCCUCUACCUCCGCUCUAUCGCCAUUGGUAAGAAGCUGUUUGGAGAGGGCUACAGUGGACUGGAGUAUGAUUAUAGAGGCUUGAUCAAGCUUUACAACUCUGUGGGGAAUUACGAGAAAUUGUUCGAGUACCACAACAUCCUCUCUAACUGGAACCGUUUGAGGGACAGGCAGUUUGCAGUGGCCGACGCCCUAGAGGACGUCAACACCAGCCCCCAGACCACAGACGAAGUGGUGCAGUCCUUCCUGCUGUCAAACAGCCACGCUGUGGGACGUUCCUGUAUGGGUUAAAAUUACAGGACCUUGUGGUCUUCUUUCCACACACCUACACUCACCUGCAUUCUCACACAUCCUCACCUGGAUUUAUUCACAUCUAAUCAUACAGUGCAGCAAGAGAGACUGGAUCCUGAAGCUGCAAGAUCACCCAUGUAAGCAGGUCCCACAGCCCUGUUAUUCACAUGAGCCCUGGUGAAGAGACAGGGCAUGUCUAUUAAUGCAAGCAGAACUCUUCCGGUGGAAAGGCAGCCUUCUGAUGGCACCACAUUCAUGUUCUUAUAAAGGAUUUUUAGACUUCAGAGGACCUGAUUAUUUAUCUGACUUGGUAAAAAGAGAUUAAAAAAAUAGGCAUAAAAAAAAACCCAAGAAAGCAGACUAUUAGUUUUACAGAUUGAAAUAAUAAAAAAAAAGCCUGUUUGUUUGUUUGUUUGUUUUGGGGAGGGGGGUGUAUUUGAAGUAUUGCUCUACACAUGCAAACUGUCGACGUUCUCUACCUGCACUCCCAAUGCUACAAAGCUCCCAAAGGACAAACUGUGUGCUAAGCCAGGCUCUACAAGAGAGACCCAUCACUUUCCUGGGAUAAGUGAAGGACAGACACGCAUCACAUCACACAUGCUUGUGUUUUAAAUUCUUUAUGAAGUUUGCCACUUCUCUUCACCACGCAAUGCAGAACCCUGCAUUAAAGAUAACCCGGUUGUUCUGUUUUGGAAAGAAUGAGGAAAUCUGUGUUACAUUUUAAGCGUUUCUGAUUUCUUUUUCCCUUCGUCAUAAUGAGAGGAAUGGACAUUAUGGACCAGUGGAUUUAUUAUUGCUUUCCAUGCAGAGUUUUUUCUUUUGUUUUUUGUUUUUUCCUGAUUUUUGUAUCCUUGCAUAUUAGUACUGAUAUAGUUUCAUUUAAAAAUGCCAAUAAUUUAUAUACAAAGUGUGCUAUAAUCUUGUAGGUGUAUCAUUGCAAGUGGAUGAGCCAAAAUGACUGAUUAAAACUGAUAGUGAGAA